CCAUGGAAUCAGUUUUUAUAACCUUAAUAGAUUAACAUCUGUUCUGCAAUGUUUCAUCACUUUUUCCAUUAAAGUGAGCGUAUUUUUACCAAUUCUAGUUGUUUUUAUACGUAAAAUAUGAUCGAAUCGUGUCCUAAGAAACGUAUGCUGCUAGGAAUAACUGCAUUAGGAAUAUUAACAGUGUUAGUGCUAAUAGUUGAGUCUCACUGGACAGACAGAACAAAUCCAUCAAGAAAACGCAUUUUCAUUGUGGAGCAAAACUCUUCAUGCUUUGAGAAAGAACAUUUUGAGAUUGUCAAUGAGUGUGAACCAUGCACAGAUUUUGAAAUUGCCAGUAAAAGCAUAGGAGUCUGCAUCCACACCCACUACAAAGAAGUCCUCAAAUGUGCAGGAGGUGAAACAGUUACCAGAAGUUGUGACAAAACCGCAUACAUUGAAGAACGAAUCUUCUGGCAGUUUGAAGGUUUUAUGUUUUUUGGUGCCAUCAUCAGCACACUCUGUACAAUCAGCAGAAAACGCGUGUUAAAUCGACGAGUAUUGCAACGUAUGCAGAGACAACUCGCUAAUAGUGUUUAAUUUAUAUGACAAACAACAAAUACUUGAUUACAAAAUGGCGGCUACGCUGUAUAUCAACACCAACAGCGACAAUAUUCACGAUACACUAGAAGUAGAUCUUGAAACUCUUCUAGUAUUAAAUGUCUAUAAAAUUUG